UGGGACUGGAGCCCUUUUCCCAGAGUAGGGGUAAAAGAAUGCCUGAACUGACAGCGCCGGCGGCGUGAGGGCAACCGCAGAGGACCAAGCCGGACCUGGGUGGCGGCGGCGAUACCGACUGCGAUGGUGUCCAACCCCGUGCACGGCCUGCCCUUUCUCCCGGGCACGUCCUUUAAGGACUCCACGAAAACAGCCUUCCAUAGAAGCCAGACGCUGGGCUACAGGAAUGGCUAUGCAAUUGCUCGGCGUCCAACAGUUGGGAUAGGUGGGGAACGGCUCCAGUUCAACCAGCUGUCCCAGGCUGAACUGGAUGAGUUGGCCAGUAAGGCACCGAUUCUAACUUAUGGCCAACCUAAGCAGGCCCCACCUGCGGAUUUUAUUCCUGCGCAUGUAGCUUUUGACAAAAAGGUGCUGAAAUUUGAUGCCUACUUUCAAGAAGAUGUUCCUAUAUCAACUGAAGAACAUUAUCGAAUCCGUCGAGUGAAUAUUUACUACUACCUAGAAGACGACAGCAUGUCUGUCAUAGAGCCUGUUGUGGAAAACUCUGGGAUUCCUCAAGGCAAGUUCAUCAAACGCCAGCGGCUAGCCAAGAAUGACCAGGGAGACCAUUACCAUUGGAAGGACCUAAAUCGAGGAAUAAAUAUCACAAUUUAUGGCAGAACUUUCCGCAUCGUUGACUGCGACCAAUUCACACAGGUAUUUUUGGAAAGUCAAGGAAUUGAAUUAAAUCCACCAGAGAAAAUGGUUCUCGAUCCUUACACUGAACUCCGGAAACAGCCUCUUCGUAAGUAUGUCACCCCGUCGGACUUUGAUCAACUCAAACAGUUUCUCACCUUUGACAAACAAGUUCUUCGGUUCUACGCAAUCUGGGAUGAUACGGACAGCAUGUUUGGUGAAUGUCGAAAGUAUAUCAUUCAUUACUAUCUUAUGGAUGAUACAGUGGAAAUCCGAGAGGUUCAUGAACGGAAUGAUGGGCGAGAUCCUUUCCCACUCUUAAUGAAUCGUCAGCGCAUGCCCAAGGUUUUGGUGGAGAAUGCAAAGAACUUUCCUCAGUGUGUGCUGGAAAUCUCUGAUCAAGAGGUGCUGGAAUGGUAUACUGCCAAAGACUUCAUUGUUGGGAAACCACUCACUAUCUUUGGGAGAACUUUCUUCAUUUAUGAUUGUGAUCCAUUUACUCGACAGUAUUACAAAGAGAAGUUUGGAAUGCCAGAUUUACCACGUAUUGAUGUGAGCAAGCCAGAACCACCUCCUGUGAAACAGGAAUUGCCUCCAUAUAAUGGUUAUGGAUUCGUUGAAGAUUCAGCUCAGAAUUGCUUUGCUCUCAUUCCAAAAGCUCCAAAAAAAGAUGUUAUUAAAAUGCUGGUGAAUGAUAACAAGGUGCUUCGUUAUUUGGCUGCACUGGAAUCCCCUAUCCCAGAAGACAAAGGCCGCCGAUUUGUCUUCUCUUAUUUUCUAGCUACUGACAUGAUCAGUAUCUUUGAACCUCCUGUUCGCAAUUCUGGUAUCAUUGGGGGCAAGUACCUUGGCAGGACUAAAGUUGUUAAACCACACUCCACGGUGGAUAACCCCAUCUACUAUGGCCCUGGUGACUUCUUCAUUGGUGCUCUGAUUGAGGUGUUUGGCCACCGGUUCGUCAUCCUCGAUACAGAUGAAUAUGUUUUGAAAUACAUGGAAAGCAAUCCUACCCAGUAUUCACCAGAAGCACUCUCAUCAAUUCAGAACCACAUCCGAAAGCAAGAAGCUCCUGCACCAAAAUUGGAAAACAAGCAAAAUGAAGAGGAUCCAGGCAUGCAGGAACUGGAAGCAUUAAUAGACACAAUCCAGAAGCAACUGAAAGAUUAUUCAUGCAAAGACAACAUUAAUGAGGCAUUUCAAAUUUAUGACACGGAACAUACAGGAUACGUGGACAGAGAGAGAUUUUUUAAAAUCUGUGAAUCUCUCAAUGUCCCAGUUGAUGACUCCUUAGUUAAGGAGCUAAUCCGAUUGUGCUCUCAGGGAGAAGGCAAGAUUAACUACUAUAACUUUGUUCGUGCUUUUUCAAACUGACCUGGCUGAUGAGAGAAUGCAUACAACUUUUUGAUGUUGGUCCUACACUUUGAAAUAUACCUUGUACUCUUCAUAGAGGCAUUUACA